UUAAAAAUAUUCCUUUUUCUUUGAACACACAUGGCGAGAUAGUCUCGACUAUUUUGGUCCUUCCGAGUAGUUAGCUGAUCUGCUGCAUUUUCUAAACAUGUUAGCCAAUAGCAGCCUCAUCUCCUCUAACUUUUCUUCAUUACUAUUUCUUAAAAAUAAGAAAGUCAACACUAAACCUUCAUUUCCAAAGAGUGCAAAAUUCAAGAAUCCAAAGACCCAAUUUUUCAAGAACUCAAUCUACAGUAACAACUACAUAAAUACCAAAAUUUCAGUAUUCGGGAAAAAGGGUCGUCUGUAUAUAUGCCAUAGUUCACUAAACUUUCAAAAUCAAGAAGACCCAAUUAUGAAAAAAGAUACAGAUGUUUCUACUGAGAUAAGUGGCGGAAGCAAUAAUGGAGGAAGUGGAGGAGACCAAUGGGAUUGGACCACGUCGUUUUUGCUCUUUGGAUUGUGGGGUGGACUCAUGUACUAUGUCUUCUUCCUUGCACCUAACCAGACCCCGUUGACAGACACGUAUUUCUUAAAGAAGCUCCUUAAUUUGAAAGGAGAUGAUGGCUUCCAAAUGAAUCAAGUGUUGGUGAGUCUUUGGUACCUCAUGGGUUUGUGGCCAUUAGUUUACAGUAUGCUCCUCCUUCCUACCGCUAGAAGUUCAAAAAACAGCAUUCCUGUUUGGCCAUUUCUCGUACUUUCAUUCUUUGGUGGUGCAUAUGCUCUUAUUCCUUAUUUUGCUCUCUGGAAACCACCUCCUCCACCUGUUGAAGAAACUGAGGUUCAAAGGUGGCCUCUGAAUUUUCUCGAAUCGAAAUUGACUGCUGGGGUAACCAUGGCUGCAGGGCUAGGGAUAAUAUUUUAUGCAGGCUUAUCAAAUGGAGAUGUUUGGAAGGAAUUCUAUCAAUACUUCAGAGAAAGCAGAUUCGUAAGUUUCUACUUUAUUGUCUAUAUUUGAUAUGCUGUGUAUAAC